AUGAAUGUAGAUCCAAUUCAUUUAUGUCUAUGUGAAUUGUGUAGUCGUCAGAUUGCUGGCGAAAAUGCGGCGAAUAUCGAACUCGCCCAAAAAUCCUAUGAAUGCAUGCUUUGCUUUGGCAUUCUGGACAAGGAAAUGAUCGAUGAGGUAGGAGAAGCUGUCCAAAAAGCGCUAAAUGCCCUUCCAUAUGAUUCGAAAAGUUUUAUUUUAGCAUUGAACCUUCCAACCUCCCAAACAUUAAGAGAAAUUCUUAUUUCACGAAUUCGUACUGAUUUUCAUGGAACUCUGGUCACAGUGCCAUUCAAAAUCAGAAAUAUUGAUGCUUACAUCAAAAAAUUGGAAUCGUUCUCUGGAAAGCGUCCGACGCUGAAUUCGGAUCUUCAAUUGAUGAUAACCUUCGAGCAGGACGAGUUCGCCGCUUAUGAUUUGGAAUUUCUGAGGCAAACGUUUCCCAACGAUUUUCGGCAAGGAAAAAAGAGGAGAUAUGACCAUAAAGAAGAGCCCACCGAAUGCUCAAAACAGCAGCUCCAAAAUGUGACGAGCAGGAUCACCAUUGAAAAUGCCAUAAAAUACAAAUUCGCGUCGCCCUCAAAAAAAUGCACAUUUCGAUUGGAUUUCGAGCGAGAUCCGGUGUAUAUUGCGGGACGAUAUUGCAAAUUUUCAAGAUGUCUGCCGCAAUCUCCGUGGAGCGAAGACAAGGAUGCUCCACGAGAGCCCGGAAAUUCGGUUUCAGAAAAGGUUUGCGAUAUUCUUAAAAAGGAAUUUGGUGCGACCGAUAGCCGAUUCGUCACCUCGGGACGUGAGGACAUCGAUGUUCGCAUGCUCGGAACUGGCCGCCCUUUUGUCGUCGAGCUUCGCAAUUGCAGAAUCACCAAUCCUAUUAGAGGAUUGAAUUAUUUGCCGACUUUGAUAUCUGUUGAGAAGAAGAUUAAUCAGCAAAAGGAUAUUAAAGUGAAUUUUUUGACCAGAGUUCACCGGGAUGUUGCGGAGAAGCUGAGUCUGGGUGCGGAAGAUAAUAAGAAGCAAUAUACAGCGUAUUGCUACAGUAUCCUGCCAAUCUCCAAAGAAACUUUCGAGAAAGCCGAAAAAAUGGCACCCGUAGAGAUUAUUCAAAAAACGCCGAUUCGGGUCCUGAAGCGAAGAUCUCUUCUUGAUAGACCGCGCACAGUGUUUAGCAUGGAGUUUAUGCCACUCGAUUCGCACCACUUCCUUGUUAGAAUGGAAACCCAAGCAGGCACCUACAUCAAGGAGUUCGUACACGGCGAUUUCGGGCGAACUCGGCCUUCGUUGGCGGAAUUGUUGAAUGUCGAACACGGCGAAGUCGAUAUUCUGGAGCUUGACGUCGAGAAAGUCGACGUCGAAUGGCCGCCGAUUGUUGAGAAGCCGAUAUCAUUUAGAUGA